AUGCUGCUACUUGAUUUAUGUCCAAGAACGUCAAUUAAAGUAUUUACAAAAAUUGUGAUACAAUCGCCGAGUUAUCAAAUUGACGAGAAAGAACUAACAAUGACAGAUACGAGCCAGAUAGAUGAGUGGAAACAAUCCAAGACUAUCGGAAUCAUUGGUCUUGGUGAUAUGGGCCUGCUGUACGCUGACAAGUUCGCAGAAGCCGGCUGGAACGUUGUAUGCUGUGACCGUCCCGAAGUGUAUGAAGAUAUGAAGAAGAACUACGUGGACCGGAAGUUCACAGUACUGAAAGAUGGACACCUGGUAUCGCGGGUUAGCGAUUACAUUAUCUACAGUGUGGAAGCAGAGCGCAUUGAGCAAAUCGUGGCUAUGUACAGUGCAUCAACUAAGUUAGGCGCCGUCGUGGGUGGACAGACAAGCUGCAAAAGUCCUGAGAUUAAAGCCCUAGAGAAGUAUCUCCCUGCAGAUGCAGACAUUGUGUCAGUUCACUCGCUGCACGGACCCCGAGUAAAUCCAGAAGCACAGCCACUGGUACUGAUCAAGCAUCGGUGCCAGCGCGCGGAUUCGUUCCCAUUUGUGGAGGCCGUAAUGUCAUCGCUCAAGAGCAAGCAUGUGUACUUAACAUAUGAGGAGCAUGACAGGAUUACUGCGGAUACACAGGCUGUUACGCAUGCAGCGUUUUUGAGCAUGGGUGUCGCAUGGUGUAGAAUAGAAUUGUAUCCAUGGACAAUUGGAGUGAACCGGUGGUUUGGCGGGCUCGAGAACGUCAAGGUGAACAUUUCCCUGCGCAUAUAUUCAAACAAGUGGCAUGUUUACGCAGGGCUCGCUAUCACAAACCCUGCUGCCCAUCAACAAAUAACACAGUACGCUCGGAGUGCGAGCGAGUUGUUUGCUCUUUUCGUACAGCACAAUCGACAGGAGCUGACCAGACGGCUGAAUGCGGCAAAAGAUUUCGUUUUUGGCAAGCAGGAUGGGCUGCUUUUGCUAGACGACUCCAUCCUCGAACGCUACUCUUUAAGUAAACAUGAGCCGCAAGAAGGGGAACAAACCUUACCAAACUCUCACCUGUCUCUACUCGCAAUCGUCGAUAGCUGGUAUCAGCUCAAGAUAAAUCCCUAUGAUCACAUAAUAUGCUCGACACCGCUGUUCCGUAUUUUUCUCGGCGUGUCUGAAUAUCUUUUCAUGACACCUGGGCUAUUGGAAACAACAAUCAACGCAGCGAUCGAAGGUGAGGCUUUCCGCCCAGAUGAUCUAGAGUUUGUGAUUGCUGCGCGUUCAUGGAGCCAAAUCGUGUCAUUUGGUAGCUACGAGCUAUACCGCAAGCAGUUCGAAGAAGUUCAGGAGUUUUUCAGGCCCAUGUUUCCCGAAGCUAACGCUAUCGGCAAUGAAAUGAUCAAAACGAUCCUACGUCAUGUCGAUGAUAAUGACAGUCAAGGUAGUAAAAAAACUCUGUAG